AGCGGCCACGUGGCUGGACUAGCACAGGCGUCGUGGCGGCCCGCUGAGGUGGGCUAGGGCCUGGGCGCCCACGUAGUCAGGGCCGGGCAAGCUGCUCCACAGCAUGUUGCCCUGGCUGGGGCCGUGGGGCACAGGGCAGGAGGAGGCGCCCGAAGAGCCGGGCCUCUCCCCAGGCAGUGCCCAGGCCUGGAGCUCCGGAGAGGAGGCGGCGGAGGAGCGAGAGGCACCUGCGGAGGGCAGGUGAGAGCUUGGGGCCAGGCGGGGCGGAGGCCGGGCGGAGGCCCGCCCGGAGCCGAGCCAGGCGCCGUUCAGCCCCCGGCCGAGGCCGUCCUGCCAUGGGUAGCUCUCUCCUGGCUAAGGAAGUCGGUGUUGGGAGGGGAGAUGAGCGGGGAAGCCCUGCUUCCUUCUCAGCCCACCGCCCCAGGCCCUCAGCCCGCGCCAGGCCGGAAGGAAGCCGCCGCCCCCGGGUCACCUGGCUGCCGAGCAGAGCGCAGAGGCCGCAGGUCCUCAUCCGCCCCAGGUGCCGCCCUCAAGGAUGACCCCGCUGCCACGUUGGGCUCCCGGCCACCAGGCUGAUGCAGGCCCUCAGCUGCUGGUGAGUGGGGGCCCCGGGGAGCCGAGGGCCCUCCGACAGCCGGGGCGCAGGACCCUGUCGGCUCCACAGGGGCCCAGCUGCGGGCCAGGCUGGCCCUUGUCCAGCCGGACACUGUACCAUCCCUCCUGGCCUAUGUACGACGCCUGCGGCAGGGUCCCCCCCCCGGGGCCCCCGGAAGAGGAGCAGGUGUGCGCCGAUUCAGGAGUCCCGGCUCGGAGCUGUGAAGAUGUCUUCUGCCUGGACCCUCUGCUUCCCUGCGGGCAGCGUGUCCCCCUGUACCUGGCCAAGCCCCCUCAGCAGGCGGGGGGCGCGCGGAGGCUGCUGCUCCCACCUCCCAUCAUGUCUGCGGCCGUGCACACCUCCUCGUCCCAGGCCUGCGCCUCCACGUGGCUCAGCGAGGCCGAGGUGAUCGCCCUGGCGGGGCUGCUGCGGAUGAGCCAGGGGGAGGCCUCGGCCAGCCCUCUGAGCCCCGCCGGCUGCCCAGACCCCGGCUCUGUGUCUGAGGACACGGGCCCCGGUGGUGGCCAGGGCUGUUCUGGAAGCACUGACCCCUGUCUGACCCCGAGCCCCGACAACCACUGUGCGUAGUGGCCCGGCCCCCGACAAGUGCUGUCUUCACCCCAGGUUGUUCUGUUGACAAUAAAGCCCCGAUAGUUUGCAAA